CUUAUCAUAGCUUUCCCACUGUCAUGGCUUCCCCACUUUCCCCUCACCCACUAAACAUGAAAACCACAAUACUCGCCGGCGAACCAUCCUCCUUCUCCGGCGAAACCGGCAACACCGAAAGACGCGUAGCAUACGACAUCGGAUUCGCUCUUAUCGUCCUCCUCUUCAUCAUCAUCGUCGCCUACACUUCUUACAUGUGCAACCGCAUCACCCGCUCCCGUUCACCACCACUUCCCACCACCUCUUUCCACACCACCGCAGACUCUGACACCGACGACUUCCACUCGUUUUCGCUCUCCACCGGCCUCGAAGACGAUAUUUUAUCGAGUUUUCCAACGGGUGUCUAUUCUGAGUUCUUAAACCCUCAUAAAGUUGUAGAGACUGAUCAUGUUGUUAAUAUUAUUGACACCGAGUGUUCUAUAUGUUUGUCGGAUUAUGGUACCUCGGAUGUUGUCCGGUUGUUGCCGGAAUGUGGGCACUUGUUUCAUGUUAGUUGUAUAGAUAUGUGGCUAAAGGUUCAUCCAACGUGUCCGGUGUGCCGGAAGUCGCCAUUGCCGACAUCUACAGAGUUGACUUGACUCAGUUUUGAUUCGUAGUUUGAGUGAAUGUGGAACUUAACUUGAAGCUUAUUCGUUUAGGUUAUGUACACCGGUUUUUUUAUAUAAGUAUUUUUUAAUUUUUAAUUUUUAUGUAGCAAAACAUUUCCACUACUUUAUGGUAGUGGACAAGUUGCACCAAGUUGUUGAUUAGUUAAUCUUUCUGCGGGCUAA